AUGACUACCGUGCCCAUCAGCAAACCUAAUUUGCUGAAAUUCAAACACGUUAAGAGUUUUCAACCGCAAGAAAAGGACUGCGGUCCCGUAACUUCAUUGAAUUUCGAUGAUAAUGGCCAGUUUCUACUGACCUCUUCUUCCAAUGAUACAAUGCAACUGUACAGUGCUACAAAUUGCAAAUUUCUGGAUACAAUUGCCUCCAAAAAAUACGGCUGCCAUUCUGCUAUCUUCACACACGCCCAGAACGAAUGUAUCUAUUCUUCCACAAUGAAAAAUUUUGAUAUCAAAUAUCUCAAUCUAGAAACAAAUCAAUAUUUGAGAUACUUUUCCGGCCAUGGUGCUCUAGUUAAUGACUUGAAGAUGAACCCAAUUAACGACACUUUUCUGUCGUCGUCGUAUGAUGAAUCUGUCAGGCUUUGGGACUUGAAAAUUUCUAAACCACAAGUAAUUAUACCAAGUCUCGUACCAAAUUGUAUCGCAUACGACCCAAGUGGGCUCGUCUUCGCAUUAGGAAACCCAGAAAACUUCGAAAUUGGGCUGUAUAAUCUGAAAAAUAUCCAGGAGGGCCCUUUCUUGAUAAUCAAGAUUGAUGACUCAACUUUCAAUCAAUGGAAUAAACUGGAAUUUUCUAACAAUGGGAAAUAUUUACUCGUUGGCUCCUCAAUGGGAAAGCACCUAAUCUUCGACGCGUUCACAGGUCAACGGCUCUUUGAACUGGUAGGGACCAGAGCUUUUCCUGUCAGAGAAUUUUUGGAUUCUGGAUCUGCUUGUUUUACACCAAACGGUGAAUUUGUCCUUGGGACAGAUUAUGAUGGCAGGAUUGCCAUCUGGAAUCAUUCCGACUCGAUCAGUAACAAGACAUUGAAGCCACAGGGAUUUAUUCCCUGCGUUUCUCAUGAGACCUGUCCCAGGUCAAUUGCAUUUAACCCUAAAUAUUCCAUGUUUGUUACCGCAGACGAAACAGUAGAUUUUUACGUUUAUGAUGAAUGA